CCGUGAAGUAACUUUAUUGUUUCACAUUAAUGUUCAUAUAAAGGGAAAUGAAAAUGUCAAAUGUGAGCAUCUCUUUCAUUUUAUUACUAGGACUGCUUUUAUCAGGAAAAGUGAGGCUCUCGUUAUGUGAUCUAAAAUGCUCAAAACCGGAACCAUAUAAUGAGUGUUGGAAGCUUAUAAUCCAAUAUAUUCAAAAUGAUGGAAAUAAUGGGCGUGUUCCUCCACCCAUCCUUCCUUUUCCUGAUUGCUGCCCUGAGGUUAGAGACUUGGGAUUUGAAUGCUUUUGGUUUUGGGUGGAUCACGAAAAUGCUAAAAUGGGAUACAGAGAAUAUGAUGUCGAAGUAAUCUACUACAACACUAAUGAUACAUGGAACUUUUGUCAAGAAAAGUCAAGUCUCAGAAACGUAUAAAUCCUGUAAUGAGCUGAUUUUGUUAAUUUACUUUCAACUUCGGUUUAUGUAGUUAAAUAUGGUAUCUAAAUAUAUUAAGCACACAUAUACUCCCUUGGUUCCGCAACUGAAUUCCCAAUUUGACUUUUACAAUCAUUUAGGUUUGAAGUUUGACUUUAAAUAUAUUAGCCAUACAUACUCCCUCCACCCCAGAAUUGAAUUCCUAAUUUACUUUCAACUUCAAUUUAUGUAUUUAA